GAAGACUUGCUUGUAGCAUUCUUCCUCUUCUCGGUGUCAGCUUUUAUUAGUGCUUUGGCGCAGGGGAGGGGGGAAGAUCGGCAGACCCGGACGGCCGCUGAUCCUCUGGAGUUGGUAUGCGAUAAGCAGCCCUAGCAGUGCCAUGUAUUGGAAAAGCGAUCAGAUGUUUGUGUGUAAACUAGAAGAAAAGGACGUGCCGGAGCUGGCAGUUCCCCCUGAGAAGUGCCAGGGGCUCAUGUCGGAGGAGUGCGGGCGGAUUGCAGCCCUGGCGGCCGCGAGGACUCGGAAAGGCGCCGGGGAAGAGGGACUGGUGAGCCCCGAGGGAGCGGGGGACGAGGACUCGUGCUCCUCCUCGGCCCCGCUGUCCCCGUCGUCCUCGCCCCGGUCCAUGGCCUCGGGCUCUGUCUGCCCCCCUGGCAAGUGUGUGUGCAACAGCUGCGGCCUGGAGAUCGUGGACAAGUACCUUCUCAAGGUGAAUGACCUGUGCUGGCAUGUUCGGUGUCUCUCCUGCAGUGUCUGCAGGACAUCCUUAGGAAGGCAUACCAGCUGUUAUAUUAAAGACAAAGACAUUUUCUGCAAACUUGAUUAUUUCAGAAGGUAUGGAACUCGCUGCUCUCGUUGUGGGAGGCAUAUCCAUUCUACUGACUGGGUCCGGAGGGCCAAGGGGAAUGUCUAUCACUUGGCAUGCUUUGCCUGCUUUUCUUGCAAAAGGCAACUUUCCACGGGAGAGGAGUUUGCUUUGGUGGAAGAGAAAGUCCUCUGCAGAGUGCAUUAUGACUGUAUGCUGGAUAAUUUAAAAAGAGAAGUGGAAAAUGGCAAUGGGAUUAGUGUUGAAGGUGCCCUCCUCACAGAGCAAGAUGUUAAUCAUCCAAAACCAGCAAAAAGAGCUCGGACCAGCUUUACAGCAGAUCAGCUCCAGGUUAUGCAAGCACAGUUUGCUCAGGACAACAACCCAGAUGCACAGACCCUCCAGAAACUGGCAGAAAGGACAGGCUUGAGCAGACGUGUGAUACAGGUGUGGUUUCAGAAUUGUCGAGCACGCCAUAAGAAACACGUCAGUCCUAAUCACUCCUCCUCUGCCCCAGUCACAGCAGUCCCGCCCUCCAGGCUGUCUCCACCCAUGUUAGAAGAAAUGGCUUAUUCUGCCUAUGUGCCCCAAGAUGGGACGAUGCUAACUGCGCUGCAUAGUUACAUGGAUGCUCAUUCACCAACAACUCUUGGACUCCAGCCCUUGUUACCCCAUUCAAUGACACAACUGCCAAUAAGUCAUACCUAAUUCCUUUUUUCAGGGAUAGAAAUGAUUAAGGAUAUAAUCUUGUCAUUUAUUAUGUAUAAAAUACCAUUGGAAAGAUAUUAAUGUUAAUUUUUUAUUUAACACUCAAAGCAUUUUCAACAUCACUUUGCUUAACCAGGUAUGUAUCUAUAGUUGGCCUGCAAGACACUUUUAUUGAUUCUUCAUUUUUUGUAAAAUUUAUGUUUACAAGAAGAAAACAGAUCAAAACUUUUUUUGUAUUGUCUGGAAAUAGUUCACUCUAGUGUGUAUCUGUUAAUUUAUUUGUCAUCAAAAGAGCACUUUGCCUAAAAGAAAGGACUGACAAGUGUGCAAAAUGUUUACAAUCCUUUGUGAAAUUGUAGUUUAUCAUUAGUUUGUAUCUGUAAGUUAUUGUUAUAAAUAUUACCUGUAUUUUUUGUUAUAUACAACUUUAUACUUUGAAGCUUGUAUCUGUGAAUUUGCAACUGAAAUUUAUUUUGCCAAUGUUUUCUGAAUGAAUUGAAUAAAGCUUCUGUUGUAGCAUGCCAUGCAAACACAUUAUUGUGUUUGUGGUUGAUGAAUUAUGGCUGUAAAUAACACUAUAGUUUAAUAAGCCCACCACUCUAAGUUUAUUAAACAUUUUCCAUUCUUGUGAAAGUUUCAACCAAUUUGUCCUUUUUUGUGUGUGUUUUCAGCAUUAAGUCAACGUUAGUCUCAAAUAUAACAACUCUUAAUUUUAGAAAGUCAUUUUGUUUUGAGCUGUGUUUUGAGUACAUUUUAAUAGGAAACUUAUUUGUAGAUGAUUGCACUUACUCAACAAAAGAACACAUGAAAACAUCUAAUUUGGCAAAUUAUCCCUUUUAAACUAGCUAAUAAAAUUAAUGUGAAAGAAAAGACAGAGCACUUUUCAAAAUGACCUUUUUGGGUAUCCCAAGUCAGAAAUGAAAUAUGGGCCAUGAGAAUAUAUUUCUUCAGGGGUGAAAAAGGAGAACUAAAAGUAUUUGGAGUUUAUGAGCAAUGUUUCUAGAGCAGACUCUUUACUUUUUCUUCCUAGUGAACACUCUUUAGGGAUUGUGAUUCUGAGAGCUGAAAUCUAAACCCCAGGACUUUAUCCUUUGUAACAGUGGACGCUUGUCUUGGAAUUACAAAAGUAAGUGGUACCACCCUCACUAAUUUUUUAAUUUAAAGAACUUAAUCAGUACUCACUUCUUGUUUUUCAUAUACAAGUAAGAAAAAAAAGGUAAUGGAAAAAAAUAUCUUCAGAAUCUUAAGUCUUUGUUUAACUUAGCAGAUUCACAUCUGGCUGAGGACUGGAAGUAAUAGUGGAGUAUUUGUAAUUCUGUUCUAGUAAUCAUAAAUGCAACCAGAAAGCAAUCACGUGGGUAUAAGUAACUCACUAUCUCCCUCAAACCAGAGGCAAUAAGCCUAAGUUUCACUAUGGGAGAAAGGAUGAAAAAAGCUUUUGUUUUGUUUUUUUUAAACCUGCUAUUCCAGUUAGAAUUUUUUUUUUCCCCCCCAAAACAAAGAAUGUAGCCAAUAGUCACUCUGUCUGAUCUUGUGAGAUUGAUGCUAAUCUCCUUGGGUUUUUGUCUACCUGUCCCAGGCACGGAGUGGUGAGGUCAGCUUUACCUCUACCAGAUGUCGAGGAAAGCUCUUGUAGUCUAGCCAAGCUCUGCACUGUUAGCAGCUUAUAGCAUUUCCCAGCUGGAUAUAAUUGGCAUCAUUUAGCUUGGAAGGUGCUUGAUUGUGUUAGUUCU